CUUUUCCUCUUCUCCUCCUUUAAUAUUCAUUUUUGAAAUUGUACAAUGAAUAUUACCCCAGCUUGGAAGAAAUCUGUUCAAGCUUCACUGAAAACCAACAUUGAGAAAAUUGGUACUUCAGCCACUUACGCAUCUUUAGCGACAGUAACAGAAGACAAUAAGCCAGCUGUACGUACAGUGGUCAUGCGCGGAUUUGCUGGCGAGCAUUAUAAAGAAGAGACAGGCUGGCAAAGUAAUUUAUUAGUGAUUAUAACUGAUAAAACUUCGCGUAAGAUAAACGAGAUUAGAAGGAAUCCAAAUACUGAGAUUAAUUGGUACAUGAAUGGAACUAUGGAACAGUUUCGAAUUAGAGGAAAUAUUGAUAUAGUGGAUAAGGAAUAUGCUGAAGAUAUAGUAAAGCGACCAGCAGUGUCCAAUUUAACAAAUGAUAUCGCCCCAAAGCUGGAAGUUGAAGUAUCUGAUAAUAUUGAGCGCAACAGUUUGGCAUUACAAUCUUUCUUGAAACAGCAAAAUGUUUAUAAUAGAGCGAACAGUGAUGUUGAAGCGAAAGUGAGGCCUUUUAAUUGGCAGGCAGAAAGGCUACGUCACUUUAUUGAAUUUGGGGCAUCUAUGAGAGUAAACUUAGUACAUAGCAAGCAAAAGGAUGGAGACAAUGAGAAAGUAUCUCCUAUGCAUCUUGAGAUUAAGGAAGUAGAUCAAAUAUCUGGUUGGUUUGAUAGAAACAAUGAGUAUUUGAACGAAGCUUUUGAAAACUUUGUUUUACUAGUUGUAAAGGUGACAUCUGUGCUGUAUUGGUCUCCGUCGACUGGUACUAAGGUACUAUUAUGAUCAGUAUGUUCGUUAAGUUAAAUAAAUAUGGUAAAUAAAGUGUUCAAAAUGCAGG